AUGAGUUUUUAUUUGUUACCACCAGUGAGUUAUCAAACUCAACAAAAGAUGAAAGCUAAGAUGGAGAAAGAUAAGAAGAGAAAGGAAAAGAAAGAUAAGAGGAAACAUUCAGCAUCUUCAUCAUCUUCAACUUCAAUUUAUUCAUCUCAAUCAAAGGACAAUGCAAGUAUUAGAACAAAUACUCAAGUACCUACAUCAUCAUCAUCAAUGAUAAGUAUGAGAACUCCAUCUAUAAGUUCAAGAUCACCAAAUAACCAAGUAGUGUCACAUAAUAAAUUGUUUAAUAAACCUAAUAAAUCCAUUGAUGAAAUAUCUAAUUUGGAUAGUUUAAGUUUUUCAUCAGAUUUGAAUGAAAGCUUAUUAGAAAAAGAUAAUAAGAAAGAAAAGAAAAAGAACCAUACUUUUAAUUAUAACUAUAAUAGUGAAAUUAAUGAAUUCAUUAAAUAUCAAUCAAAGCAUAGACCUUCAAUCAAAUCAACUAAUUCAUCGAUUUAUUCUAAAGAUUCAUAUAAUUCUCAUCUUAAGUAUGAUAAUUAUCAACAUAACUAUCAUAAUAUUGAAUUUAAUAUUGGAAAUUAUUCCAAAAUGGAUAAAUUUGAUCACAUUUCAAAUUAUUCUAUACCGCCAGAUUUAACUCCUGAUCAAGGUGAUAAUGAAGAAAACGAUAUUUUAGAUGAAGAUGAAGAAAAUAAAUUAACUAGAGUUUAUUCGGAUGUUGAUUCAAUCUUUUCAACUAAAAUAGAAACUCCAAAGAAAGGUUUAUUUAAAAACUAG